CGCGAUGUCCUGAAAGUGGAACAAGGCAGAAAAUGGAUGCUUGUGCUAGCAAGCCAACAGGAUAAUUCCAAGUGUUAGUUGGAUAAUAGUCCACUUUUGUCGGAGGUAUGCGUUCUGAUUUCCACAUGGCGUCCACGCAAAACAACACACAGCCGUUAAAGCCUUGAUUCAUUCCAAUGGAUGUCAGUGGGAAACCAAUGGACAAUAAUGCAGGCUCAGAAGAGCAGCAGAACCAAUCAGGAGCUUCAGAUGAUAAACCGGGAUUGCCCCAGCUUAGAAAAUCUUGGGGUUUCAGGCGAUCAACUUUAGCUCGACGUGAGUUUAUGGAAGAAAUUGGAGACUUAAACCACAGCCCUCCGCCUCAACGACGAGUUAGAAGCCGUCUCGCACGGCGAACCCAAGCCUCCAGAGACGACAACGCCACCCCAUCUCCUCAAGGACCUCGGACUAUUUUAGAAGACCUCGAUUGGUCCGCUUCGUCCUCACCUGUAUCCGAGGAGACAAAACCGCCGGCAACCUCUGCGGAAGGGUGUCUCGAUCCAAACAUGUGGCAAGAUUUCGGGUCUGCUUUUCAUACCGCUUUCACACUUCUUGGUGGGGAUGAAGAUUUGUCUAUGGAAAAUUCUCAAGAUUUGCCAGUCCCUGAUAUUUUGAGAGUUGGUGAUGCCACGGAGAACCCUCCUGCAGAGAUCGUAGAUGACACAGAGGUGUCUGAACUCCGGGGACCUGCAGACAAGGACGGAGCUGACGUUUCAGGCCAAGUGGCACAAAGGGAUGUCGAGGAUGUAAUUUUAAUCUCAAGUCAAGAAGAGGAUAGCGAUGACAUGCCUUUGAUACAAAUCAAAGAGCGGCCGGACUGUAAAGGCACACAGGGAGCCAGAACCAGAGCAGGUGGAAGAGGAAAAGCUCGAGGAAGGGGGAGGGGGCGCGCAAAGGCUAAAGGCAAAGCAAGGGGCCGAGGAAGGGCUAAGGCAUCGGACCUUGAGGCUACUGGGGCAGAUGAUGAAGACGACGAUGAUGUCAUACUUGUUAAUCCAUCGGAUACGCUCUCAUUUCUAACUCUGAGUCCUGUUGCGCAAACAAGUACAGACUUUAUUCCCAUAGGCACAGAUGCCGAUCAGAGUAAUGACACAACUCCGGGCCAGUAUAAUGAUGCACCAGAUGAGAGGGAGGGGAAGCAGGGCGACGGCGUCUUUAAAAAUAUUACCGAACGUUCAACCUUAUCGGACGUCAAGGGUUCCGACCCCGAUGCUCUGUGCCGCAUCUGUCGGCAAAAACACACCAAAAGGUUCAUGAUCUCCUGCGACAGUUGCCAGGAGUAUUUCCAUGGCGACUGCGUUGGUGUCAGUGAGUCAGAAGGCGCUAAAGAGUACAUUUGUACACCUUGCACGACAAAACAGCUGAGCCACCCCCAGCCCGAGUGUCACUCCCAGAAAGAUCCAGAAAUUUCUUCCGAGUGUUUGUCACUCAGUCCUAAUGAAGAACCAGAGGGGAAAGCGGAAUUGGAGUCUCUGAAGAAGACUGUAAAGUUGGAGGUGAAUCAGGUUCCUGCAAUAAAGCCUGGAACCGAACCUGAAGGGGAGAUGAAGGCAGAUUGUUCUGGUCCACUAUGUAUCGGCCCGGGAUGCUACAAGCCAGCAUUGCGGGAAUCUGUUUAUUGCGGCACCGAUUGCAUCGUGCAGCAUGCUACUGUCACUAUGAAGUCCCUCUCUGACACUAAGGUGGACACUCCAAGAGAGCAAGUGCAAAAAAAAGCCACACCUGUAAUACCCACUGCAAAGGCUCAAAGCACUAUUAGAGUGUCUGCGAGGUUAGCGGCAAAAGCUGAAGAGUUGCCGACGGAAAGUGAUGGAACGCAGACGGAGACUCCGUCAUCCAUAGCCUGUGACCCCACCCUAACUGGUGUUCAGGCCUCUCCGCAACCAUCACCUAAGUUUAACACAGCGUCUUCAAAAGAAUGUAAACAAAAAGACACUGAAACUCCCCCAAAACCACUUUCAAAGGACCCCUCCACAGACACAUGUCCCUCACUUCAACCUGUGUCGGAACCAGUUGUACCACAGAGUACCCCUCAUAACAGCACGAUGGAAUCCACAAAAAGAUACACUUCAGUUGAAACAACUGAAGGAUCAGAUCCCGCCGUACCUCCCAAAAGAGCAAAAUCCGCUCCAAUUCCGGCCUCACAAUCUUCGACCACAUCUGAACACAAUUCGACGGGGAGUGUUUUGAACUCUUUGGCAACAUAUAUAAUACCAAAGAAGCAAUCCGGACUUCAGCCGUCUUCGACGGUAACCUCAUGCCAAAAGCCUUCGGCCCCGACCCUGCUGAACGAGACCCGGAAUCUGCCCGUGCCACCUGCACCAAGUGCGCCGCCCUCCAGACCAUCUCUGCCUAAUAACCAGGUCAGACAGAGCAUCCAGCGCUCCCUCACAGGCAUCCUGUCCAAAAGGGUUUGUGACUGUGAGGAACUGACCAUGUCUGAAAGUGAUGCUGUCAAGCUCGUUGCAAGCAUUGAGAUGGAGAUGUUCGACAUAUUUCGCAAUACAGACAGCAAGUACAUGAAUAAGUACAGAACAAUUAUGUUCAACUUGAAAGAUCCCAAAAACAAGGGCUUGUUGUAUCGAGUUGUGCAAGGAGACAUCAGUCCUUUCAGACUAGUCAGGAUGAGCCAAAAGGACAUGCAGGGUACCAAGGCCCCAGACAAUGUAAAGGACACAUCACGGGUUAAAGAUGCCAAAGCAUCCGGUUCGUUGCCGCAACCUGAAGCUGUGAAGGUUGAUCUUUCCUCUUUAAACAUCCCUAAACCCGAAGCUGUGAAGGUUGAUCUCCCAUGUUUAAACAUCACAAAGACUGAGAAAAGACCAGUAGGCAAUAAGAAAAGUCUUCCUACUCACAUUCUCAAGAACAAAACAAGUGAGCCAACCAAAGGGAGUGCAUUGCCAGAUGUUCUUACCUGUAUGCUUAAAGACACUACCUCAGAACACAAGGCUCACCUGUUUGACCUCAAAUGCAAGAUCUGUACAGGACAAAUAGGGGAAGACCAACCCCCAACCAAAAAGACGAAAGUGUCUGAAUCAAGCACUAAACAUUUUUCACGGUGGAGAAAGUCUACAGGAGACGACUCACCUCUACGAGCACCACCUGACUCACCCGACACACCGGAUUUUGAUUAUUCAUCAUCUCCUAUGUUCGACCCAUCUUCCCGUCUUGUUAUUGACACAAGCGACUUUGCUGCGGUUGAAUCUCCUGCCUCUCCCAUUAGGGAUUCACCAGCCUCUCCCACUUUAGAGUCACCUGCUUCCCCUGUCAUGGAGUCCCCUUCAUCCCCAGAUACUUCUAAAACUUCAUCCAAAAGAUCAUACACGCCCGUUGUGAUUCCGGCCGUCUCCACAGUGACAAUUACGAGACGUGACCCCCGCACUGCGGCCAAUAGAAACGCCGCUUCUUCGUGUAGCGUCCCUGGUCCUACAAAUACAUUGAAGAACAAAUCAGCACCUUAUAAUUCUCUUAGAGAGGAUAGCUCUGCUUCAUCAUUUGUACCUAAAUUGCCCGUUCCACCAACAAAACCAUUACCAAAAUCUAUCCUAAUGAAGCCAUCCUCUUCGGCUGAUCCCCGACUCUAUGGCAUGUCCUCAAGAAAUGUCAUCUCUCAAUCUCCAAGCAGUGGUGAAACGUCACAGUUCCUGGCCAAACAAGAAGUCAUGUGGAAAGGCUUCCUCAACAUGUUGACUGUGUCUAAGUUUGCUACCAAGUGCUAUUUGGUAUCAGGAUCUGCCGAAACACUGAAAUUGGAACUACCCGAUAGCAUUGAAAUUGGUGGACGAAUCAUGCCUCAAACAGUGUGGGAAUAUGUUGCCAAGCUCAAGACCAACAUUUCAAAGGAGUUAUGCGUGAUCCGUUUCCAUCCUGCUACAGAAGAAGAAGAGGUGGCAUAUGUCUCGCUCUUUUCGUACUUCAGCAGCCGAGGGCGUUUUGGUGUAGUUUCCAACAACAGCCGUUCCAUCAAGGAUGUCUACAUUGUACCACUUAGUGGAAAGGAAUCCGUUCCAUCCAUUCUGCAACCCCUUGAAGGACCAGGACUUGAAAAGAACCGGCCCAAUCUUCUUCUUGGUUUGGUAAUUAUCCAAAAAGCAAAACGUUUCGGAAGUGCACUUCAGGAAAUAGAAGAAAAGAAAACAAAAGUUCUCCCUAAAGACCUUAUGUGGAUCCCAAAACCUCCAGUCCUCUACGGUUCUGACAAAUUGGAGGUUUUCCAACCCUAUGAUCCUGAGACCCCUGCAAGCACAACCCCACCUGACUCGCCUCCUUGUCCUGGGUCAACCUCGAACUUUUCUUCCAAUGCAGAAGGACGCCCAUCGCAUCUGACCCCUUUUAAAUCAAACCCCACCGUUUCUACCAGAGCUCUUGCUGCAUCCAGCCAAUCCGCAUCUAGUAGCAUCCCUGAUACAAACGUCAAAGCCCCCAAUGUUAAAUCACGAUCAACUAUCUCGGGUGCAUUGUUUAAAGAUAAGAAAGGUCCUGACAUGGUUUCUAAUGAGGAACGUUGUACUACCAACAUGUCAACGAUGAGCGCGAAGGUAACUGUGUUUUCUGGCUCAAUGAUGGAUCCAAUUGUUCAACAGUAUGGACAGAAAUCUAAAGUCAAAGAUAUUCAAGUGGAAGACAAAUUUGAUCGCCCUUAUGACCCAGAAGAGGAAUAUGACCCAGCACGAGGAUAUAAAACAGUUUCUUCACAGAGCAAAGGAAAAAGUAAUUUGGAAGAGCCUCCAUUAAAAAGUGCUGUGGAUGAUGAUGUGGCCUAUGAUCCAGAGGAUGAGACUAUUUUUCAAGAUCUCCAAUGUGAGGCAAAGAAGACAAAUCAAACUAAAAUGUCAAACCCUCCGUCGUCAGUUGCGAUUGCCGCAACGGUUGAAACACCGUCUUUAGCCAAAACUCCACCCCAAACGUCGUCUCUCCCUUCCGUUCCACAGAACCUUCCCAUAGGUACGGUAGUCGUCUCAGCUGCUACGCUGACUGAGCAGCAGCGAAUGCUUGAGGAACUUAAUAAACAGAUUGAAGAGCAAAAGCGGCAAUUAAAGGAACAGGAAGAGGCACUUCGUCAACAAAGAGAGGCUGUUGGUAUGUUUAUGGCACAAUUUUCUGCUAGUGAUUCCAUGAAGUCUUCUCCCUCCAAGCCUCUGCCUCUCAGUCAAGUCGCAUCCCUUCCAAGUGGUACGAUUCACUUAGAGUCCAAACAUUCAGAAUCAAAAGAGUCAAAGCCGGAAGAAGCCAGCAGUCUAACAGAGCCUGCCGCUCUUCCCGGCAAGGAGUCACAAACUGAUCGGCAAAAAGACAAAAAAGCCAUUUCUUCUUCAAAUAUUACACCAGUUACAGAACAAGCUGAAGUUUCAGACAAUGGAAACGAAAAUGACAAAUCUUCUUCUGCCGGUGAGAUUGAAGAUUCUGAUGUACCUUAUGAUCCAGAAGAUGACCUUUUCAAUGAAAUCCAAGAGGAUGUGUUUCAAGGAGGUACAGCAAAUUUUCAGGAUUCCUUUUUACCCCAAAACUACGCCUCUUCAAUUUCACAUCACAGCAGAAGGCGUAGGUCAUCACCAAAGAGACGAAGACAUCGUGAAAGAGGCCGGUGCAGAAGUCCAUCGAGCCAACGUUCUGUUUCACAUUCCAGGAAACACAGAGGAAAAGAUAGACACAGAAAAAGUGAAAGGGAUAGGUCAAAGCAUAGAAGAGACCACUCUGAACGGCAGGCGCGUCACCGUAAAUCGCACAGUACUCGGCACCAUUCCCAUGAUCGUAGGAGGUCAACGUCCUCUCCCAUGGAAAAUGAUUUGAUUCCACAAGCACCUGAAGAGUUCAGGGUAUCCCCUAGUCCCACUGAGAAACAAAUGCAUGUCCCUUUAAAAUGUCAGUUGAACCCAGAUGCUGGACAACUUGAACAUACUAGGGCAUUGAAUACCCCUCUUUCUAUGAUAAAUACCAGUGAUGAACAUAAUUUAAAAUCUAAUAGGUCUGAAGACUUUUCACAAGAAAAUGUACCCAAUUUAAAAGUUGAAACAUCACAACAAGCAAAACCCAAUGAUCCUUUACAAAACAAGGCCAGUGGGCUUGAUAAUGCAGUUAAUGUUCCGUCUCCACAGGUGAAUAAACAGCCAGUAACAAGUGGAGAUAAAUUUGAAAGUUCGAUUCCCCUCAGAGAAAUUGACCCUCCCCUCCGGGAUUCCCCUGAGAGCCCUGAUCCCGAUCCACGGUUUGUGGAACCAAGUGUUGUGGAUAAUAAUCCCUCAGAUGAAUCUCACAAAGUCAUAUCUUGCCAGACACAAAUCAAUAACCUGACACCAACAGUGGAAACAGCAAAAGAUUGCCAGCUUUCUGUAAACAAAGCAACUUUGGUGAACAAACAUUUUGAAGGUACAUCAAAUGUUAAGAGCAUUAUUUUGAGAGCGCUUAAUAUAUGGGGUUCAGAUUCAGGAGAGCGAAAUGUGAUAAAGACAGAGAGCGAGGGUCAAAAGUAUUCAGAAAUAUUGAGUCAAGGGGGUGGACCUUCAGAUACAACUGUGGAAAUAAGCACAAGUUCAGGCCCAGAAAUAAGCCGUGUUCGAAAAUGUCCAAGACCGGGUGGUCAUCCAGCGCAAGAUCCUGAAGUUCCUCGUCUAAAAGUAGAUCCGCCAGAACAACCAGCAUGCAAGGCAGGUGUCAUGAAUAUUGGGGGUUCUCAAAAUCAAGACAGAGUCUCAGAUUUGACAAUAACAGGUAGUAACCCCGGUAUCAAAAGUAAGACUUUGCUUCAGGAUUCUCAGAAACUUGGCAGAGAUGUAAACAUACAACAUCAAGAAAGUACUUUAAUGUCGAAUUCAUCCACGUGUUCUGACGACAGAUACCUGCAGACAGCAUCUACAUUAUUGUCAGAUGAAAAGCGAAACAUUGAAAAAUGCUUGAAAGGAGACAAAGACAUAUCCAUGCAUAGACCGGGACUAACUAUAAAUUAUGGAAAUGUUCAGUCCAGCAUUUCCUCUACGGGACAAGACGUUCGAUCUGCACACCAUUUCAAAGAAACACAGUAUGAUAUUAGGAUUGAAAGGAGUGUGCAUAGUCUUGACAUGACAAUACGAGAAAACCGACACGGUAUUAGACAGCAAAAUGUAGGCGAAAUAUGUUCGUUGGGGCCUGGUCAAGGCUUUAGUCGUGGAGUUGACUCACAUGUUCCAGACAGAGGCAUUAGAGAAAGACUUACAGGUAGCAAUGAUGUAAACGUUAAAGGAAAUAACAAACAUGACCAAUGUCCUAAGGGAACUAAUGAAAAUAAUGCUCAGCAAAACCAAUAUGGGAUUUCUAAUAUUCAAAAAGCCAAUUGGAGGGCUGAAAGAACCGGUAUGGGAGUUAACAGCAGUCAAAGUAUAGAACACUUUGAGUGCAAGACAAUUGAUUGGAAUUGUCCAAUUGGAGAUUCAUUAGGAAAAGGGCAACAUGGACCAGAUGAAAGCAAAGUCCAUCAGCCUGGCUGGAGAGGUACGGCAAUGGAAAACCAAGGUCUUGAAAAAAGAGUCAGUAUUAGUGUAGACCCUCGUAAACCACAGGUUGAAGUGGGAGUGCCAAAUGUUGGGCCUGCAAAGCACGAUAGCAGAGGACCCGGUGGUUCACGUGGCACUGGACCUAGGGAAGGGAAAAUUCAUCCUAAAAAAGAAGUUCCAGUAUCUGACAGGAGAGAACUGGGUGGUCCAGAUUUCACCAGACCACGGGGUGAUGGCAGAGGACCCAAUAUGUGUAACUGGAAUGAUCCCGAAAGGUUAUGUACUGACACGAGAAUUCCUUUACAUGAUAGAAGAGGACCAGGUGGUAGCAAUUUCAGAUCACAAGAACUAAACAUUGGAAAUCCAGCUAUGGCCGAUAGUGUUCUUAGUGGAAGAAAACCUGAUAUGGAAUUUCAAAGCACAGAAGGACUUGCAGGCUCACAUUUCAGUGGGCCAGGGAAUGAAAGGAGGAGGGAAUUGCCAAUCAACUGUUCGGCCAUUGACAGAAACACAUCUGAAUAUUCUAAUUUUAGGGCGAUAGAGCCUGGCAUAGGAGAAAUGGGAUUGCCAAGAAAUAAUCAGCGAGGGCGCGCAUUUAAAAGAAGUUCAAUAGAUGGUCAUGUGCCUUCUGCUCCUUGGGGAGAUCGACACGUUGAUGAGUUAGGCCUUGAUAGGCUCGAACCUAGUAGACCAACUUGGGACCCUCAGUCAGAAAGAGGGAAUCCAAAUAGGGAGGUAGUCUUGCAUGACUGGAGAGAACCAGAUAUUAGGGGACCAGAACCUGAAAGAAAUCAUCCAGGGCCCGAUAACAGAAGACAUCAACCAUUUAUGGAACAUAGAAUGGUUGAAAGAAGAGGUGAAAGAAAUCAUUCGGGGCCUGAUAACAGAAGAAAUCAACCAUUUAUGGAACACAAAAUGGCCGAAGGAGGACCAGAAAGAAAUCCUCUGGGGCCUGAUAUUAGAAGCCAGCAACCAUUUAUGGAACAUAGAAUGCCAGAAGCAAGAAUUCCCAACAGACCAGGGAAUGAACAUUUGGGUCCAAACACAGAUUUCCCCGGGCCUGAUAGGAGACAUCCCGAUAGGCAAGAAAUGAAGUACGGCAGUGUUUUUUCUGAUAGAGAACCUGGCCCGGAUAAAAUGUUUCCCCAAAUGAGGGGCCCAGAGUGCAACAGGAGAAGUCCACCUUUCAGAGAUGACUUGGAGUAUGAGAGGGAAGGUCAAGAUUUCAGAGGGCCAGUAUGCGAAAUUAGAGAUCCACACAUUGAAGGCUUGGGGUCUGACAGACGAGAACCAGAAGACAAUGACUUCCAAAUGAUGAAUUUUGAGAGAGAUCAAGGGGGACCAGGUCCCAAUUGGAGAGAAAAUGGACCAUCGUUCAUGGGACCAGGAAACAGGCAUAACGACAGAUCAGGUCGAGAUGGUAGGCAAGAUCAAAGGCAUAGAAGGAAAUGUCAGUUCAAAAAUAGUCAUCAAGCCAAAUGGAAAGCAGCAGAUUGCAGAUACCCAGCACCAGAUUGUAGAGGCGCAGACGCUGAAAUACAUUGGCCAGAUGAACGGGAAACACAUUUUGAAAAUGAUUGGGACCAUCAUGAUGACAGGUAUCCUCAACCUUUUCCAGAGCGUAAUGAUGAUUUUGAAUCUAAUACCGAGGGGCCUUUUAACGCUCGCAGGGGCCCUAUGAUGAGAGAGCGAGGGCACAUACCAGAUCGGACACCUAUGCUUCCUGGGCCUAGAAGAUCUUGUGAAGAUGAUUGGGGUGGUCCUGGGUUUAGGAAUCCAAGGCCUUGCCAAGAUAACGAUGAUAUGAUGUGUGCUAGACCUGACAGAUUGGGACCUGGAAAUGACUUUAGAGAGUCUGGUAGAGGGGUUGCUGAGCCAAGAUGGGGAUCAGAAAACAUGGACUGCAGACAACCAAGCAAUGAAAGGAGAGUUCCAGGCAGUGGUUCAGAUCGUUUCGGUGUUCAAGAGGGUGACAGGCAGUCACAAAGACCAAGAGGUCCAAGCAUGGAACGGCCAUGGCCUGAACAUGCUAAAAACAAUUCAUUCCAAAACAGAAGAGAAGUUGAGAUGCAGGACAGCUACGAGCGAAGAGGAAUGGGAGACGCAGAUGGUCGAUACAAUGAAAAUCCAUAUGAUGAAAGGGUUGGUGAUGCUAGAAAUUUACAUCCGAGAGCAAUAGAAAGCAAGAGGGACGAUUUAGUGAUGAAUUGCCCAUCACCAGGUCACCAAGGAUCUGAACCUGAUUUUAUGAUGCAAGACUCUGACAUGAGAGGAUUUACUCAUAACAAAAUGGAUAUGAGAGGGGCACCUGACAAUCAAAGACUGGGACACGGGCCGGGUGGUUGGGAUACAGACACUGAAGUCCCGACGUGGACUCGAAGAGGCGAGGACAAGAGAGGCCCAGUUUUUGACUCGAGGGAACCCGAUUCUAACAUAAGGAACUCAAGACCGUACAAGAGAGGAUUAGGCAUCCGAGGUAGGGGUCUAAGACCUAAGUAUCAAGCAGUCCGUGGUCCUCAAAGGGAUAAUUGGGGUAGUUCAGAAAAUCCACGAAGUCAAGCGGAAAUAAAAACUCCAAAGCCUCGGGCUGGCUUGCUGCCCACUCCAACGGUAAGCCGCUUAGGCUUGCCAAAUCACAAAAUGAACAAUCCUAACAUGUUGGGCACAAAACAAAAACAAAAUAGGCCACCUCAUUAACAGGUAGUGGAAUAGGGGUCGAUUAUUUCAGCAACAAAGACAAAAGCUCAAAAAGGUCUUGCUGAAAAUGGCAGAGAUAAGCGUAACAAAAGUGACAAAUCGGAAGCUAGUAAUUCGCGUCCAAAAAUUCAAGAAUAAUCAUCGUAUUGGUUAAUGCUUAUACAGAUAAAAUUGUUUUUGUAAUUCUGUCAACCAGAACGGUAUAUAAGUGGGAAGAGUUCAUACCUUAAUGAAGAUUUAACAAGCUCUAAAUGCAAAAUCAAUAUGGUGACCACAGAGUGAAAUCUCACCAGGUUUUUCUGUUAAUAUUUGUCUUGCUUGUUUCAGUUGUAAAGUUAUUGAAGACCAUUGAUGAUUCUCUUUAAUUGGGACAAAAUGUGUCUAACCCACUUGUAAAGUCAGAUGAUGGAGCAUUUUCAUGAAGAUUUAACAAAUGUUUGUACAUAAUUGUAUAUGUUUAGUUUAUAGUGUAUAUGUUGCUUCAGUUGAUGACCCUUUUACAACAGAAAACAAUAAAAAAUGGCCUCUCUUUUC